ACACCAGCAAUCCAACCACUGCUACUUCAUCCAUAAUCACCGCCGCCAUUCACACUCUCUUCCAAUGGCGAUUUCCCAUCAACAUUCAUUCCUCACAAUCCCUUCUUCUUCUUCAUCAUCAUCUUCUUGUUUUUCAUCUCCAAAAACUACCAAUCUUUCCCACCUUCAUUUCCCCUCUUCAUUUCGAAUAAAUCUUUCAUUAUCUUCAAAUCAUGAGCCCGAACCCAUUUACACAUCAGUCAAAUCUUUCGCCCCUGCCACAGUAGCCAAUCUGGGUCCGGGCUUUGACUUUCUUGGCUGUGCCGUUGACGGAAUCGGAGACUACGUCACUCUCAAAGUUGACCCAAAUGUCAACCCUGGUGAUAUCUCUAUCUCCGAUAUUUCAGGCUCAGGUAACUCUUCUAAAAAGUUAAGUAAAAACCCUUUAUGGAAUUGUGCUGGUAUAGCUGCUAUUUCUGUUAUGAAAAUGCUUAAUGUUAAGUCUGUGGGUCUGUCGUUGUCACUCGAAAAGGGUCUCCCUCUUGGCAGCGGCCUCGGCUCCAGCGCUGCGAGCGCUGCAGCCGCGGCCGUUGCUGUAAACGAGCUUUUCGGUGGGAAGUUGGGUUUUUCGGAUUUAGUCCUGGCUGGACUUGAAUCGGAAGCAAAAGUUUCUGGGUAUCACGCGGAUAAUAUUGCGCCUGCCAUAAUGGGUGGGUUUGUUUUAGUUAGGAGUUAUGACCCGUUAGAAUUCGUUAGGUUGAAGUUUCCGAGUGACAAGAAUUUGUGUUUUGUGUUGGUGAAUCCUGAGUUUGAAGCACCUACUAAAAAGAUGAGAGCUGCAUUGCCGGGUGAGAUAACGAUGAAGGAUCAUAUAUGGAAUAGUAGUCAAGCCGGGGCGUUGGUGGCGGCUGUGUUGCAAGGGGAUUUGGUUGGAUUAGGAAAGGCGUUGUCGUCUGAUAAGAUAGUGGAGCCGAGAAGGGCGCCUUUAAUUCCUGGUAUGGAUGGCGUGAAAAAGGCUGCAUUAGAGGCGGGGGCAUUUGGGUGUACAAUAAGUGGAGCUGGACCAACUGCUGUGGCAGUUACGGAUGAUGAGGAAAAGGGGAGAGAGAUCGGGGAAAGGAUGGCUGAAGCUUUUAUGAAACACGGGAAUUUGAAAGCUUCGGCUAUGGUUCAGAAGUUGGAUAGAGUUGGUGCUAGGCUUGUUAGCAGUAUAUCCACAUAGGAGUAUCUAUUGCAUCUUUAAGAAAUUGUCGAGAUGAUGGGGGUAAGCUUUUGUAUUUGGUUUUUGGUGGAAUAAUAUUUGACCAUUUUUUUUAAUGAUUUUUGGUCUAUGGUUUCUUGUUUAGAGUGGUAGAGUGAAAAACAAUAUUAUGAAUGAAUUGGUGAGAAACGAAACGAAUGUUUAAGUUACAUUUUUAUACUUAAGAAUUUGAUUUCUUGGAUGAUUGUCAUGAUGGCUAAUAAAUAUUCAUCUGGUUCUUCCUGUUA